AUGAGUAGUACAGAAGUACACAACGAGAAAGACGAAAAAGCUGAUGCAUCAAAUAUAGAGCUUCAUUCUGUUUCUGAAGAGCUCAAGGAUGAGAAGAACAUAGACCUUGGAGUCAAGUUUUUAUUACAACAUCCCGAAUAUGCUGACUACUCACCUGAAGAGGCUAAAAGAGUUUUAUGGAAGAUUGAUUUACUUCUCAUGCCCAUUAUGACUAUUAUUGUCUUAUUAGCAGCGGCUGACAAAAUCCUUAUUUCUAAUGCUGCUGUAUAUGGUAUGAAAGAAGAUGCUCAUCUAGUGGGUUCACAAUAUUCCUGGCUAGGAUCAAUUUUUUACUUUGGUUAUUUGGUGAUGGAAUACCCAGCAAACUAUUUACUUCAAAAACUACCUGUCGUUAAAACAUUAUCAAUUUCAUUUAUUUUUUGGAACAUCAUUUUAAUGUGCAUGGCCGCGGGGAAAAGCUUUGGCUCAUUAGCUGCAAUGAGGUUCUUGUUAGGUAUGGGCGAGUCAUUCUUAUUUCCUGCCAUGACCGUUAUUACUUCAAUGUUUUAUACGAAGGCUGAACAACCAUUGAGAACUUCUAUCUGGUUCUCUGGUUUUUCGUCAAUUAUAACCGGUGUUCUUUCUUAUGCUUUAGGUCAUUCAAGUGCACACAUUGAUAAAUGGAGACUUCUUUUCUUGGUCUUUGGUGCUAUUACUUUGUUUUUCACUAUAAUAAUGUAUUUUAUUCUUCCUGAUUCGCCCAUGUCAUGUCGAUACUUUACUGAUAAAGAAAAAUAUAUCGCAAUCCAUAGAACACAGCUCAAUAGGACUGGUAUCAAAAAUACCGAAUUUAAAAGAGAUCAGCUAAUAGAAGCACUUUUGGAUUGGAAGACUUGGGUGAUGUGCAUCUUCGUGUUGAGCAUCAACAUCAGCAAUGGAGGAUUGGUUACUUUUGCGGCACAAAUUGUUUCUGGACUCGGCUAUUCGCCACUUAGAACAACUUUAUUGGGCAUGCCGACUGGUGUCUUUAUGGCAAUUAGCGGAUGGCUAAUUGCAAUACCAAGUAAAUAUUCACCCAAAAGAUUUAGGACUGUUAUAACUGCUAUAGUAUGUAUCUGUCCAAUAGUUUGCUGCAUUUUAAUGAUGAAGGUAACCAAUAACCAUUCUCGUUUGGCUGCGUACUACUUUUUCUACUUUUACUGGGGACCUUAUGUGAGCAUGAUCACUUUAUCAAUAGCUAACACAUCGGGUCAUACAAAGAAGACGGUCGUGAAUGCUGCUGAUUUCCUUACAUACUGUGUGGCAAACAUUAUUGCACCACAAUUUUUUAUUCCAAGCCAAGCCCCUAGCUAUCCCACAGGCUAUAAUGCUAUCUUGGGUUUCACUGCAGUUGCUUUAGUGACUAUUUUGAUAUAUGGUGUCGGUUGUGCUAUAGAGAAUAAUAGAAGAGAAAAGACGUUCGGUCCUGCUUCUGAGAACUUCGAUAGUAAUGCAGAUGCUUUGGAUUUAACAGACAAGCAGAAGGAACGUUACUUUAGAUACUGUUGGUAA